AUGUGCGCCGCGCUCCUCCUCAUCGCUCAACACACCCAAGGAGCCACCACCGUCUCAGUGGCGUCGCGCCGGCUUGAAGAAUGCGGCGACGACGCGUCCUGGGAGAGCAAAAAGGGCACGAAGUGCGCCGACAUCGCGGCGGCGAAGCCGAACAAGCGAGGGGACCUCUGCAAGCAAGUCGACGACGACGGCGCGAAAGGCGGGCAGAAGUGCCCCGAGGCCUGCGGCAACUGCGGCGACGGCGCGGGCGGCGGCGCGGGCGGCGGCGCGGGCGGCGGCGCGGGCGGCGGCGGCGAGACCUGCGAGAACGACGCGUCCUGGGAGAGCAAAAAGGGCACGACGUGCGCCGACAUCGCGGCGGCGGAGCCGAACAAGCAAGGGGACCUCUGCAAGCAACUCACGGCCGACGUCGCGGGCCGCGUGCCCGCCGGCGUGGCCGUCGCGGCCUUCCCCCUCAUGAACCCGGACGGCUUCGAGCACUCGCGGACCGUCGACGCCAUGUACCGGACGAACCGGAACGUGGCCUACGCCGAGGCCCGCGGGUGCCGGACGCGCUACGGCGUGGACCUGAACCGCAACUUCGACGGCUUCGGCUCCUGGGGCCAGACGGGCGUGUCCCGGGACGCGUGCAGCAGCCAGCAGGCCUUCCCCGGCGGCGGCGCGUUCUCGGAGCGCGAGUCCGCGGGGCUCCGGGACUGGCUCGUGGGCCGGAAAAACGACGGCGUCGCGCUCGUCGCGGGCGUCGACCAGCACACCUACGGCGGCGACGUCUUCCACGGGCCCGGCUUCUGCGACCCCGGGCGCACCUGCCCCGCCGGGCUGCCGGACUACGGCCCCGCGGAGGCCCUCGCGCGCGCGAUGGCGGCCGCGACGUCCGGCGCGGGAACGGGGCGCGACGCGCCCGAGGCUCCUCUCUCGGCCGCGUUCCGCUCGUUUCGGCUGAUGUUUGGACGAGCGAUCAUGUCUCGGAGCGCUCCCGACGCGUGGAUGCGUCUGCCGGAACGCGCGCGCGCGGCACACCCGCGCGGAAGCGACGUCGAAUCACCCCCGUUCCCGCCCAGGCGAUGUCGGGCUUCGGCACGAGCUACCGCGCGCGCCGGCCGUCGGCGGCGUCGGGCUGCCUCGACGAUUACUACACGGACACGCUGGGCCUGGGCUUCACGACGGAGAUGA